AUGGCCUUAAGCGAGAGCAUUCAAGCUUCCCACCAAAACCUGGUCUCAAAGAUCUUCUGUUUAUGCUGCAGUGACUGUCAGGAGCCUUAUGCCAUCGAUGACUCCAAGGUUCCCAGACAAACCCAAGAUCAUCAGCCAUUAACUCGUGGUUUGCAGCUUCAGAAGGAUGAACGUACAAGACAAAAUCCCAAGCGCACAAAGGCAGCCUCCUGCUUGCCUGCGGGACAAUCCCUGAUCCAUCCAGAAAAGAGAAGUUCUUCCAGCAGCACUGAGUUUGAGGAUCUGACUACACACUAUUCCCAAAGAAACUUUUACAAGAGGAACCUAAACCGCUACUCUCAGGAGCACUGGCCCUUCCAGCCGUGCCUCAUUGGGAGACCCUGA